GGAGGCAGGAAACCCGCGCUCCAUUGGCUGGAUGUAUUACGGGAGGCGGGGAGAGGGCGGGGCAGGGCCCGGCUCCCAGAGUUCCGCUAGGGUCAACACGGGGAGAAACAAGAUGGCGGCCUUGACAACCGGCGUCGGCGAUGCCGGGCGAAGGGGAGCCGGAGACCCUAGGGCGUCGAUGGCAACGGCGGCGGGAGGCCACGAGACGGACAGCGGCGGCGGCUGCAGCUUCCGCAGGAAGGAUCCUGCGCUCGGGAGUGGCAGCAGCGGCGGCGCUCGGCUGCGCUCCAUUGCGGGGACGCGGCCGUCGGUGCGGAAUGGACAGCUGCUGGUGUCCGCCGGCCUCCCGGCCCUGGACCAGCUCUUAGGUGGUGGUUUAGCUGUUGGAACACUGCUUCUAAUCGAGGAGGACAAAUAUAAUAUUUAUUCCAAUUUGCUCUUCAAGUAUUUCUUGGCUGAGGGAAUAGUCUGUGGACAUACUUUGUUGGUUGCCUCUGCUAAAGAAGACCCUGAUGACAUUUUACAGGAGCUUCCUGAGCCAUUACAUGAUGAUAAGUAUAGAAAAGAGCUUGAUGAAGUAAGUAGUCAUAGAUCACAAGGAGAGCUGGAUAUUUCCAUGAAGAUAGCCUGGCGUUAUCAAAACUUACCCAAAAUGGAGACUGGCCCAGGAUCAUCUUCAAGAUUUGGUCACUAUUAUGAUGUGUCAAAGAGGAUGCCCCAAGAGAUAAUUCAGUCUGCAAAAUGGCACGGAUUUUUCCUUCCAGAAGAAAUUACUUCAUAUCCUAAUGUAGAAUCCUGUGCUCUGACCCAUGGCUACACAAAGCUUCUUCACUCCAUCCAGAGAAUCAUGUCUGAGGAAGGAUUUGAUGGCUCCUGUCCCCAGAAAAAACAAAAAAACAUUUUAAGAAUUGGGAUUCAGAGUCUUGGCUCCCCUUUGUGGGGAGAUGACAUCUGCUGUGCUGACAGCCCUGAACAUAUGCAUAGUCUUACACGAUUCCUGUAUGUCCUCCGUGGUCUUCUCAGAAUGUCUCUGUCAGCCUGUAUCAUCACAGUACCAUCACAUCUAAUUCAGAAUAAAGCAAUUACUGCAAGAAUUAGAAGCUUGUCGGAUACAGUAGUUGGUCUUGAAUCAUUUCUCGGUUCUGAGAGAGAAGCCAAUUCUCUAUAUAAGGAUUUCCAUGGUUUGAUUCACAUACACCAGAUCCCCCGGCUCAAUAGCCUGAUUGGCGAUGUGUCCGACACGAAGGACCUUGCUUUCAAACUCCAAAGGAAAGUCUUCACCAUUGAGCGACUGCAUUUGCCUCCAGACUUGUCAGACACAGUGAGCCGCUCGAGCAAACGGGAUCUGGUGGAAUCCGCCAAACAGCUGAGCCUGGGAUGUGGCAUGAUGGCUGGAGGCAAAGAGUGCCUGGACUUCUAGGGAUUGCUACUUGGGGGCCUCUCUCAGACUCCUGUGAUACCCUCUUUAUACCCUCUUUGGGGUUACCAGUGGUUUAUGUGAAUAUUUUUCUUAAUGAUUUAACCCAACAAUCUUAAAAACUCAUAAAGGAUUUUUUAAAUGGUGCCUGCUCUUUUCCUUGUGUAUGUUUUUAAUCAUGAUUUGGUUUAGGUUUUUUCCUGGAAAACUGUAACUGAAAUAUUUCUCCAUUUAAAAGUUAUGACUUAAAUAAUGAAAAAUACCUUCCUCCUUAUAGAGGUGGGGAACUGCUAGGGCAGAAUGUAGUAUACAUUAUCAGAUGCAGCCACUAUUUAGGAUGGUCUUGCUUAUUUUUCCUUUUUACAAAUUAAGACUAAAUUUAGAAGAGGAGGAUGUUUUUAGAAAUAACUAUAAUGUAAAAGCAGAGGGCAUCAAUAAGAUUUAUUUUUCUAUUCAAAGAGGUAUAUGUUGUAUUCUCAGUCAGAAUAAUAAUGUUUUAUUUUAUAAAUAAAAACAAACUCAACAUCAAAAAAGAUCAUGCUGUUCUGCAGUAGACAAUGGUGCACUUAGAUUUUUUUGUCUAUGUAAAAAAUAGUAAUGGGUCGUAUAUGGAAGUCUUGUGAGACUCAAAAAAGAUGUUCAUAUUAACUAGGGAUCAUAAUUACUUGUUAUCCACUGAAAAUAUUGUAGUUUGGGCAGAGCAAGAUAUAACAGACUAAUUUUGCAAAUCUAUAAGGACUAUACUGUACUGAAAUGUGCUAGCAUGUCAUAUGCAUUCUGUUAUAUAAAUUAUUAAAUUGAUAAAGAAAUAUAAUUUGAAAGUGAGACUAUCGAAGACAGUAUAUCUGCUUUGUUGGUUAAUAAAUGUAUUAAAACAAACUGCAGUGAUCCAAAUUUGUGCAGCCUAGAAAAGGAAUUGAUGGCCUUCUGUAGUUCACAACAGUAAUCCUGAACGUUUGAAGUCAGCACUAUAAAAUCAUGUCACCAAACAGAGGUCAAGAUUGAAAUCCAAGCUGACAGCUUUAUUAAUGCCAGGAUACCCAAAAAAGGGCACUGAAGCUAGAUGGGAAAGUAGCACAGAACCCAGACUUGAAGCCAAAUGAUGGAGGAUUAAAAAAAAAAUCAACUAACUCAUCUUCGCCUUGCAUCAGCUCUGCCCUUCAUUAGUAAAUUCAGGAAGGUUGGUUAUUCAACAACUAUUCAUUCAGAUCCUGCUCUGGGCAGGCCUCCUAAGAAUGUGAGGCCGUUAUCCAUACACAUGCCAAGCUGCACACAUUUUGUUGCAACAGAUUUGUAGCAACAACUCUGUCCUGAAGUCACGUUUCCACGUUCUUGAAUUUUUGUACGUGUGCUCAAGGUGACCCUGGCACAGAUUAGGCACCAGUGAAUGUCAUUGACAAAACAACAUUUCUAUCUUCCAGAGACAACUCUCCUUCUAAAUGGGCUAUUCCACCCCAAUAGAGAGAAAACUGGGUUUCCAAAAUAUAUUUUCAUAUAUGUUAUUCUAUUUUGAUGUGAUUAUAACUAACAUUUUCAAAUGGCCUACUUUUAAUAUGUUACAAAUUUCACUUUAUUUGUUCUUGACCACAUUGCAUAAAACAAAGACUUAGCUUUUAAAACUGUCUAACUAAUAUGAUGAAUGUCAAUCACUUAAAAAAAUCCACUGUAGCAUAAACACAUACUGUAUACAGCUUUUAUUCAGAAUUAGAAUAAUUGAAUCAAUGACAGUGAUUUGCUUGGAUGUCAAAUCUCUCCAUCAUAUCCUGUCACUACCAGUUUAUUUUUUGUGAUAAAAAUCAAAAAGACUACUAUUUUUUUUUCAGCCGCUAUUUCAUUAGUAGUAACAAUCAGGGUUUUUUCUUUUUUUUUCCCUAAGAAUGUCUCAGGGUGUUUUUUUCCCCCGUUUCUUUUAAUUCCUAAAGACACAAAUUCUUAUCAAUUUUCUUUUCAAAACAAAGUUUCAGACCUUAUCUGUCAGUUAAAAUUUAAAGGCUUUGAUAUUUUUAAGCAGAGGUGUUUUUAAAAAUCUCAACAGACUUCAAGAACUGAUUUGGUCUAUGCUUUAUAAAUAACCAAAAAAAGAAAUACUGAACAAAAGCUUUGCUGUGUCCUUUGAAAGUAAUUAUGAACAAUUUGAACGCAUUCAAAUGAAUAUUUGUAGUCAGGUUGUUAUUUUAACAAAACUAAUCUCUUUUUUUUUCCUGUAUUGUAAUUCAUUUGAUACAAACACAACUGAACAAUUAUGUUGGAUUUGACUCUGAAAAGACGAACUGAAGUCAUCAAAUAUGUAAAUUGCUUGUCAAAAUACUUAAUAGGUCAUUGAUUUACUUCCCUGGCUACCAUGUCUAUAAAAUUAACAGCCAAUUACUAGUUAAUAUAUGCUUUGCAAGUAGAUAAGUACUAUAGGAACUGAAUAUGCAUAUUUAAACCUUUAAUUUAAAUAUAAAAAACUUUGCAAACUCAAUAAAAGUACCUUUGUAGCAAUAAAAAUA